AUGCUCAUCUCAUCUAUUCUAGCGAGUCUGGCUUCGAUAUGCUUGCAUACGAGGCCUGUGCUUGCUGAGUUGAGGAUCACGGCCGACCAUCAUUCCUUUGGUGGCGUCAAUUAUCCUUUGCUUCAGUUCUUCACACCGCAGCACAGAGAUGACACGAUUCGAGAGGUUAUCAAAAGCGGUGCUAGAGUGAUUCGUCUGUUCAUCCGCCCGGACAAGCAGCAUAACGAUCCUGAGGCUGAGCUUGGCGGUUUCGACAAGUCGUUGCUUGAUCAAUUUGACGAUACCAUGGCCGCAAUCCACCACCUGUCAAAAGGUCAAGUCAAAGUGAUUAUUGCACCACACGACGCGCACGCACUUCGUGGCACCAAUGAUGUUCCGUGUGAUGCGUAUUGCAAGAAACUCAACGGGGCAUUUCUGGACUUCUACAGCAGUGAUGAAAUGCGAGAAACGUACAAGACGCGCUUGGACGUCUUCUUCAAACACUAUCCGUCCAAGAACUUUGAUAAUCGUCCUUGGGGAGAUCUUUCGGAGAUCAUUCUGGGAGUCGACUUGCAGAACCAACCAUUCAGUGACAUCUGGCCGAUCCCUUCUGGGGAGUCAUGGCUCUGCGAUAUAGCCAACUAUCUGAAGUUUAACAUCGGCCUCGAAUAUUCUAAUAUAGCAGUCAUUAGUGGCGGUGUGUCCGGACCGCAAUCAGUCGAUGGCAUCCAGAACUUCCCCGAAAGCGUCUUCGAAUGUGCUGCCAUUGAUGUUAUUGGCAUCCAUGGUUACUUUUCCAAAGAGGAUACCGCUACAGCAGGAACACCCUGGGCAAAAUUGUUUAUGCCUGGCAACACCUUGACUGCAAGAGCAAAAGAUAGGGAAGGAAAGGGCAAGCUACUACUUGUGGAAGAAUGGGCGUAUGUGGAUUCCAAGUUUGGGACCUUUUAUAAGAAGGAGGCCAUCUUUGACCAGGGAAAUGCGCUGAAUCUAAGAGGGAUCCCCUGGAUAUACUCUCACCUCACCACCCUGGACGAAGGCAGAUCAGCGCGUGUGAACCCUCUCCGAACAGAGUAUACUGCUUGGACGGCUCUCAAAGAUGUCUUGAAACGAGCGUAUACGACGCGUAGCAACUUCAACUGGGACAAGUACCUGCCGCCUCCUUCUGCUGGUCUUGCCAAGCGACAAGAUAGUGACGGCGAAUGGAUACUUAGGCGCGCUGGUCUUUCCAACCUGACAGCGAUCCCCUUGAAUCCUUAUAUCGUACAACAAAGCGACUGUACGUUCGGCUGCGAGGGCCAUCUUUGUGACGCCGCCGACGGCUGUAGCCCUGACCUGAUUUGUAAAAACAACAUUUGUCAGCAGAAUUCGGAGUCCCAGCCUGGCAAAAUAGGCGAUAGAUGUAACAGCAAGCAGGUCUGUCAGGAGCAUCUUCGUUGCUCGAAUGGAAAAUGUCAAGAAUGCUCAGCAAGACGCACGAUGCAGCCUGUCAUGGAACAACAGAAGAGGGCUCGCGCUGGCGACACGGCGCCUCAGAAUCCGAAUUGGAAUCAUAUCGUCGCCAGUGACCCCCAAGGCUCGUGCUACACCGACAGUCUUUCCAAUCUCUUCGCAAUCUGGCAGCAUGACGGGUCGCAAGGCAUGCUUCCCAUCUGCCUAGCUCCUCCUGGACGCGGCAACCCCUGUGAAUCUGCAGAGCAUUGCGACGUAGAUUCCUACUGCUCCUGGGGACUAUGUACCCGCUGUUUGUCCACGGACAGCUGUCUGGGUGCCGUGUGUCGAAGCAAUGCAAAGUGCAGGACAGGCUUCUGUAACGAUCAUGGGCGAUGUGAUUAUCCAGGUCAAAAGAAAAUCUUGACUGGGCCAGGCGGCGCACGCAUGUCCAGAGACAAGAGAGUUGCAGGUGUGCCCAGAGGACAUGAGCGCGGGCCAGCCAAGGUGAGAGAGGAGGCAAUGCGGAUCCAUAUUCCCGAGGACAAAGUUGGGGAAACGGGGCUGCCCAAGGCCACGGCAUAG